AUGUUUCAAGCACAUUCAUGCAUGGGUCAGGACUCCUGCUUUCCUUUGGCUUUUGGUGUGCCAGCUAGCCUGAUGGUUAUAGCUAUAGUGAUUUUUGCUGUUGGAUCACCUUAUUACGUGAAAAACCCACCGAAAGAGAAUAUCCUUGCAACUGUGUUCUCAGUGAUAACAAGCGCCAUCCGCAAUAGGUCUAACGCAACCGAACCCCAAGAUCACUGGUUAGAUUAUGCCAUGGUGGAUCAUGAGUGUGAAGAUGAUGAAAGAUGUUGUAGACCUGAAUACAGGAAGAAACGUCGAUGCGCCAAGAAAAAACUCGUUGGAGACUUGAAAGGAGUAUUACGUGUUGUUGUUAUGCUUUUACCGGUUCCUAUGUUCUGGGCACUAUUCGAGCAACAGGUUCCUUUGGUUUAA